GGCCGUUACUGGUCAUGCGUAGGGUUCACUAUGGAGAUAGCAAUAAACCUUGCGUGAUAUCGCCGCCUCUAGUAGUAUGACUGUUGCGGAGGUGGCCUUUGGGGCCCCCUGGGGAAGAAGAGGCCGUGGGUCUUUGAGGAUCAGGGUGUAGUUAGAAUUGAUCAACAUGCUUCAUGAAGCAUUGAGAAUGGAGCCAUUGCUUUGGGGGUGAUGAUCAUACAAAUAGUGAAAGGUCCGCUGUUAGCAUUGGAUCUAAUCCACAUGCUAUUUAUCAUCUAAUACAUUGGACUACGAAUCACUUAUACGACUUUACAGGUUAAGGCUCUCAAAUGGGGAAGGCAUACAGUAUCGGCCUGGCUUGCUUUGCAGCCAUUGGCUCGUUUCUUUUUGGUUAUGACUCUGGUGUCAUGACAGACGUGAUAGCAUCGAAGCACUUCCAGAACUACUUUGACACAACAUCUACAUCCUCCAUUAUAGGCGCCAUUAACUCAACAUUCAGCGGUGGAGCAGUAUUUGGCGCCUUGUUCGGUGGAGUUAUUAUGGAUAAGUAUGGUCGAAGAAAGACGAUCGGAAUCGGUGCAGCUAUUUGCACGGUUGGCGGUAUUCUUCAAGCGGCGGCCUAUCAUCUGGCUAUGAUGCUUAUUGGUCGAAUUAUUGCUGGUUUUGCUGUUGGUUUGCUCUCUAUGAGUGUUCCCGUCUAUCAAUCCGAAUGCGCCAGCCCCAAGAAUCGAGGACUUAUUGUCGGCCUCGCCCAACAAAUGAUUGGAGUAGGUUUCAUUGUAUCAACAUGGGUUGGAUAUGGAAGUCAUCAUAUGCCCGAUACUUCAUCUUUCCAAUGGCGUUUCCCCUUGGCUUUCCAAACAUUCCCGUCUGCACUUUUGUGCUUGGGUAUGCUCUGGCUUCCUGAGACACCCCGACAUCUCAUCGCGACAGAUCAGUUGGACGAUGGAAUGAGAACGCUUCGAAAGUUGCACUUUGAUGGCUCGAAUGAUGAGUGGAUCAAGUCUGAGUUCAAUGAGAUCAAGCUCACUCUUGAUGCCGAGAAGGCUGCCACUGCACCUGGUUGGAUGAUCAUGUUCAAGGUGCCUCAGUGGAGGAAGCGCCUUAUGCUUGGAACUCUUGUUCAAGUCUUUACUCAAUUCACUGGAAUCAAUGUUAUUGGUUACUACCAAACCAUUAUGUACGAGAAGCUUGGAAUCACUGGAAAGACAAGUCUUCUGGUUGCAGGCAUCUACAACUGUACCGGUCCUUUGGCCAAUCUGUUUUUCAUCACCUUUAUCUCUGAUAGGAUCGGCCGAAAGAGGCCUCUUAUUUAUGGAAUUAUUGCUAUCACCAUUGCUCUGAUCCUAGAGAGUGCGGUCAACUCUCAAAACGUCGAUGGCUCACACCGUGGCCUAAGUAUUGCCGGAGUUGCCUUCUUAUUCUGUGUCACAAUCAUCUUCUCGCUAUCGUUUGGUCCUGUAUCCUGGACGUACAUGUCUGAGGUAAUGCCAUAUCAAAUCCGAGGAAAGGGUUGCGCAUUCGCCACAGGUAUCGGUAACUGGCUUGUGAGCACUUUCUGGAACCAAGUCAGUCCCUUUGCCCUCGAGGAGCUUGGUUGGAAGUUCUAUUUCCUCUUCGUUGCUUUCAAUCUUGUCAUCACACUGCCCACCCUUAUCUUUGCUUUUCGAGAAACGAAGGGGCUAUCUCUUGAGGAGAUUGAUCUCAUGUUUGGCGAUCGAGCUCUCGGAAACCUUCCUGCGGAUAUUGAGAAGGACGGCGGUGUCAUUGCUGUUACCAACACCCAUGAUGAGAGACCUCGCCAGGAGCUUUGAGCGGCGAACCUCAUCCGUGUUAAUAACUUCUAAUGGGCUAUAUAACAGAAGGAUUAGAGGACAUAAUUUCAAGAUGACCCUAGAAAGUUGAAAGAUCUAGUAUAAGAAGACCUCUAUAUAUCUAAUAGCCACGUCCUAUCGUCGUUCCAUUCGCUGAUGUCCUUCAGAGACCACCUUCUUCGGUACAGUAUCUAAACUCAGGCUAGGAGAAGAGAGGAAAGAGAACUCGAUCCUAAGCAAUGAAAAAUCUUAGGCAAGUUUAGCAUAAGCUUAGGAGGCCCUUUGAUGAAUUUAUCAUCCGGUUCUUCCUCAAUAUGGACUUUUUACACCAUGUUCAUGCCCGUCGAACUCAUCAUUGAGCUGAUAAGGGACCAUAUGCUUGAUGUUGAGCUUGACGUAACAUAAAAAGAGGUAUUUAUAUAUGCUCUACAUAACAUAACUCAUAAUGACCCAAACCAUUCCGGUAUAUCCCCAACGCCGAACCAUGAUAUCUUAAGCACGUCUAUCCUCUAUGUUUCUUUUCUCUACCAUUCCGGCGCACCGCCACCACAACCAUUCGCUGCCAUCAUAAGGUCAAGUGGCUUAGUGGUCAUCUUCGCACCACCAGUCGGCUUGACAUACGGCUUCUUUCCCCUCAACCCAACAAACUUGAUCUUGCUGUCAAGCUUAGCAAGAGGCGCCUCACCGGCCUCGCCCUUCUUGACCAUCCACUUCUUUGUGCCCAAGGCGGCAUCAAGCUCCUCCACAGGGGGAAGCUUGAGGUACAACAUACCGUCGGCUCGAGCCUCGGUAGGGAAUGUGGCGAUGGAGAGAGACUCGUCUGUCUUGCAGGCACCGUUGCCAAGGUCAAAGUUGCGCUUGUGGUGAGGACAUGAGACCCAGGGUGAAGCACCAUCCUUAUCACCAUUCGUCACAGCCUUGUUGGGCUCUUGGCCGAUGAGACCGUCAGAGAGGAUAAAUGCACGCUUGUGAGGACACAUCUGUUGUGUGGCGUAGUAGACGCCCUUGAUGCGCCAGAUGGCGAGCUGCGUGUCACCGCGCUUGACAGUGGCGGAGAUACCGUUUGGCAACUCGUCAGCACCGUCAAAGUAUGAAGAUUCGAUGAUGGGUUCCCAAGAAGUCAUGGACCACUUGUCCUUGAGACCUGAGAAGUUGUCUGUAGCUGCAGCGUCCGCAGGCCAGAAAGCUGGUCGCUUCUGACCACGGUCAUCUUCAAGCUCCAUGUUGCGUGUUGUGUCGUUUGUGUUGGCGAACUGCUUGAACUUGGCAGCGAUGGCAGGGCUCUUGAUAGCUUCGGCCCACUCGUCGAAGAAGCUGUCAACAAGCUCUUCCAUCUGCGCCUCGAGUGAGGCGUUGAUGCCGAGCUUGUCCUCAAGGAUGACCUCCUGAAGGUACUUGAUACCACCGGGGAGGUUCUCGAUCCAGCGGGCUGUUCGCUGAAGCUUGUCGGCUGUGCGCAUGUAGAACAUGAGAUAUCGGUCAAGGAUUGUCACGACAUCAGCUGGGGGCACAUCCUUGGCUAGAAGCUCGGCAUGGCGAGGGUUCGCACCACCGUUACCGCCAACGAAGAUGUUCCAGCCCUUCUCAGUGGCAAUCAAACCGAAACUGAAAUCCAUGUUAGCGGACCGAAGAAUUGAAAGACGGGGGCAAAACAUACUCUUUGCCUUGAGCUUCAGCACA